CGCGAUCGUCCCGUCCCGUCCAUUAACGCGUAUCGCAUGUUACGCGCUUAAUUGUGCUCAAAAUCGAUUGGCGUUGUGCAACGUUUGUGAUUGUUUGAUUGAUCGGUUCGCUGCAACUGCAGCUGGCAAUCAUCAGGAGUGUCAGUGUGUGUGUGUGUGUGUGGUUUGUGGAAAGUAAAAGUAGAAGAUGUGGCAAGUGUCGGGGCUGCUUCUGCCGCUCUGACGGCACCCCGGGAAAGUGCACAAAAGAUUGGCCAUUGACAGUGGCCCAUCAGUGGCAACAGCAUGGCUAAAAUGAUAAUUCUGCUUGGCUGAUUUGUAUAUGAAAGCGUUGAAAAGAUAAUGCUUGGUCAUUAGAUUAUGUAAGAAGUGAACCGCGCUUGAUUAGCAUAGAUAUAAAGAGAGUGAAACAUUCGUGGCGACUGAUUGAUUUAAAGCUGCUAAAUAUACACAUUUCGGACUUGGCACUGGCAUCCCACUGGGGAUUAUUCAUACUUAGAUAAGCGACAGGAACGGCCUCCAAAAUGCACGGGGCCAGCACCAGCAGCUGCAUCAUCGGCGCUGUGCCGUUUGGUGGCAUCAGCCAAGUAGCUGGUAGACAGGAGAACGUCGGAAACCACAGCACCACAGAUGUGGUCCCCAGCCAUGGCCAUGGCCAUGUCACCUGUGCGGGAUGCGGCGUCCCACACGCGCUGCGAUCUAAAUGGGAAUGCAACGAGUGCGAGUGCGAGUGCGAGUUCGAGUUCGAGUACGGGUGCCACAAGUGCCACAAGUUCGCCGCGUAAGACAAAAAAGACAAUUAUCAAUUGGCUGGUGAACGGAUCACGAGCCGCCAGUGCCAGUGCCACCGAUAGCGACAACAACAAUCGGCAAUCAGUGCGCGAUAGCCCAGCGCUAGACGAUAAUCAGAAUCAAAAUCAGAACCAAAGCUGCAAUUGCGAGUCGCGGGCGUUUCGCGAUUUCCGGGGUGUCCAAACGCUUCGUUUGCUGUGGAGCAAGCGCAUCAAGAGUGCCAGCGAGGAUCAGACGGGGGCAUCGCCGUCGCGCGCCUCCUCGCUGGGCACCCUCCGGAAGCUGAACAAGUCCGUCAGUUGUCUGGUGAACGCGUUCAACAAUCCGUCGCCGGAAAAGUCGCUGGCAAAACGCGCCGCCAGUCUGCACAAUCUGCAGGACGCCGCGGGACAGCAACAGCAGCUGCAGCGCGAAAAGGACAACUUCUACAAGUACAAGAACGCGGAGCAGGCGAGGAUGCGUGGCAAGCUGCGACGCAGCAGCGACGAGGCGGUUAUAAACGCCCACAAAAACCCGAGUGCAAACGCGACUAAAAACGCCAGUGCGACUUUAGUCGCGAGCAAAUGUGACGACAGCAUGCCGCCGCUUCCACCUGCCACUGCUGAGUGCAGUACGGAAUCGCCAAGUUCCCGGCGAUUACCAGAUAACGUUAUCUCCGCCAUGGAGGUGGAGCCCGCUGCGGCGGCGACGGGUGGUAAGCAUGCAGAGCAGGAGGAGGAGGAGGAGGUAGAGCUACGGACUACGCCUGCCCGAUCGCGAGCCCGUGCACGAGUCCGCGUCAGUCUCAGCGCAGCAAGCGCCCAGAGUGGCGGCAGCAGCGAAUCGGAGCAUACCACUUCCACGCAAACAGCUUCCACUGUGACGUCAUCGGUGACGCGCACGGUAACGAAACGGAAAUACAGUUUCAAAACACACGCAGGCAAAUCCUACGUACAGCACCACACGCCGCGGCGGAUAAGCAGCAUCAGCAGCAUCAGCAGCAGCAGCGGCAGCGGCGCAGGGAUGGGGCAGGCCACAGAUGUCCCGCCCGGUUUGGGCAGCAGCAGCGGCAGCAGCCUCAGCACCAACAGCCUGGUGGCCAAGCUGACGCAACAGUUCAACGAGAUCAUCCAGAAGGAUGUUCGCGUCCUCGAGCAGGUGAAGCGCAAGAAGGGCGUCUGGCUGGCACGCGGCAGCCACGUCUACAAGAUCGUGGAGAAGCAGCCAGCCGCGAUGCAGCAGCAGCAACAGCAGCACCCGGAGAGUGGCAUCUCCACGGUGCAGCGGAAUAUCAAGAAGUUCGAGACGCUGGAAAAGCCAUCGGUGCCACAGAAGAGCGAGCAGCUGCUGCGGCGGGAUCUCGAACUGGCGGCAGGCUCAGGCCCGGUCAGGGGCCUCCCUCUCAAGGCCAAGCGAAGUCUGAAGGUGAGUGCGGCCGAGCUGGAGGUGGUCUGCGAGGAGGCCAAGACGCCCGUGGAGGUGCAGGUGGAGGAAGCUACCAAAGAAAAGCCGCCAACAGCCGCAGUGCAGCAGCAGCAGCAGCACGUGGAGACGGAGGAUGAUCUGCAGCCCGAACUGGAGCUGGACGAGGAGCGGCAGAAGCAGCGCAAGCACAAGUAUGCCUCCAUCUACGAGAAGCUGCGGUUCACCUUCGCCGGCAGGAGCCGCAAGUCACCCAGUUCCUCGCCCACGAAAGCAGCACCCGAGACGGCUCUACAGAUGGUUUCAGAGAUUGCUCCAGAGAUGGAGACCAAGCAGCAAGAGGAGUCAAAGCCAGAGCAGGAACAGGAGAAAUAUGCCACCUCUCCACUGAUGAUGGUUCCAUGCAUUGAGGCCGACGCCGAUGCCAAGAUCCUGGACGCUUUGGAAGUGGUCGAUCAGAAGCUCAAGGACAUCAGCGCCCAUUCGGAGGCGGGGGAGCUGCUGCUGGGCACCAACGAUGACUUCGAGCAGCGCCUGCUGCCCAACACCUCGUUCGUGUAUCAGGCGGCCAACAAGCAGAUCUCCAACAACCAGCUGCUGGUCAAUCAGGCGGUGAACGUGACGCUGGUGAACGCCAUCGAGGGCGAGCAGAUGAUCAUGGAGCAGAAGCAGUUGAUGAAGGCGGAAAGCGACAAGAAGAACGAGCAGCAGAAGGCGAUCAAAAAGGAGGAGCAAUCGCAAGCAAAGGAAGAGCAGAAAACCGAACAAAAAGCGAUCCCAGAAGCGGAGCAGGAGGAGGAGCCGGAAUCCAUCUACGAACCCAUCACACCGCCUGCCCUGUCAGCCAGCGAACCCAAGACUGAAGUGCAGGCCUCGAGCCUGUUCAAGAUGGUGGAUAUCCAGAAGUCGGAGAUCAUCGAGGACAUCUACCAGACCGUGGAGGAGGCAUCCUCGAGCGCCGCCUGCCCCAAGCCCAACAUCUGGCUGGAGGGCUACGAGUCCAUAGCGGGCUCCCGCGAAGCGACGCCACCUGAUUUCGAUGGUUACGAGUCCUUUGCCCCGCCCACGCCCUCGGCAAACCCAGAGGAUGGCCCACCCAUGGCCACACCCUCUCCUGGAGCACAUGGCGGCACACUGGGCAGGAAUACCCGCGACGAGCUGCCAGAGUUGCCGAAACCAAAGCGAGUGCUGCCCAAAUCUCCGACGCUGCUGCGUCCGGCGCCACCCAAACCGAACCAUGCGAAUACCCUGCACCUGGGCAAGGACGAGGACGAGGAUGAGAACAUCUACGACACCAUCAAGGGCUGCUACGAGUCGAUGCACACCAAAGUACCCGCCGCCAGCAGCGGCACCACGACCACCACCGAUGCCACCUCCCUGGGGUCCAACUGCUACGAGAGCAUCGCCCACUACCGCAAGACGAAGACAACGGCGACGGCGACGGGACAUGGCCCCGGUCAUGGCACCUGCAUCCAGCUCUCCAGCAGUGGCUCCACCCUGACCAUCUCCUCGGACCACAAGACCAACAGUCUGUACGAAUCCUCGCUGGCCGCCACCGGCUGUGUGAUCUACGGCAGUGCCAGUGUCGGCUGCCGCUCCUCCCUGGGCAGCGGAGGCAGUGCAUCGAGCGGCGGUGGGCGCAAGCGUUCGGGGGACAAGCGAUCCUCGAUAGCCGGCUCCAGCGACAACAGCGAUGCCUGGGUGGACAUUUCCGACGGCGAGGGAGCAUCAGCAUCGCCAGCAGACCGCCUGGACGCGGGGCCGCCGCCCACCGAGGCCCAGUUUGUUGUUGUACGGGAACGCUUCAAGCCGCAUCGCAUCCGCAGCCCGGACUGGUCGAAGCGCAUUAGAGACAAAAGACUGCAACAAAAGAAGGCGAUAAGCUGCAUAGAGGAUGACUCCGAUCACUAUUACGAGACGCUGCACUCGAGCCAGCUGCAGCGGCAGCAGGAUGGGGCACGCAGCGGACUGCGAGCCUCACAUCGACGAGCCAAAAAUCACUCGGUGUCGGCUCAUACACUGGGCGAGCAUGUGGGCAUUUCCGACGACUACGACUCCUUUGAGACGGACAGCGAUGAGCAGGGCGAGGAAUCGUCGGGUCAGCGUCUGCGAAACCACAAUGAUAGCGGCGUGGACAUGAGGAAUCAUCGCCUGCCCAAGCCACCGGCACCGCAGAAUCAAGUGUACGAGUUUGUGCGCAAAUUCAAAGACUUUAUAUCGAACAAAAAGUCGCCAAAGGGCAGCCAGCAGAAGCUGUACGAGAACACGACAACGGGCACGGCCUUCUAUGUGGAGAGCGGCAAGAGGCAGGAGGAUGCCUACGAGAAUACAGAGUACGCCUCGGCCAAGACGCUCAGCAGCUCGGAGAAGACUCUAAAUGGCAGUGGCGGUGGUGGUGGUGGUGGCUUCCAAAGUCCGGCUGAACAGCCGGCAGUGCUGCGGGCCAAGCAGAAGAACGGCAAAAGUCUGCGCUCCAGGCUGCGCAAGAGUCUCGUGGGCUCCACCUUCGACAGCAAGCAGCUCUCCGCACUGACAGCCACACGGAGCACGUUCUACCUAGAGGAUCCCGAGGUGGGGCCGGAACCGAACAGCGCCGGCGAGCUGGACUCGGGCUUCUCCGAGAAGGCCUCCUCCGGUGAUAUUCCAGUGCAGAUGCCCAGCGCCGAUGCACAGAAGUUCUCCACCGUUGCCCGCAAGGCCAAGAAGGAGGCCAAGGCCACGAGGCGGCGCACCACAAUCGGACUGCGGCCCAAUGAUCCGCCGCCACCGCCUCCGCCAGCACCACCGUUCCCUGGCCUCAAAGUGGAUAAUGGCCAGGGGGAGCAAGGGCAGCAGGGACAGCAUGGACAGGCCACCUCGUGGUAUGCCGAGUGCGGCGUCUUUAAGCAAUCGAAUCAUCUCAAUGGAAGCCCAUCGCAGGCCACCGACGACCUGGCCACGCCCACACCCAGUGCCCAUGGGGGAGGAGGCAGCUCCUGGUACGCCGAAUCGGGUCUCUACCAGACGAGCGGCAUCUCUGUGGCCAGCUCCAGCGGCAGUUCGGGCGUCUCCACCGGCAACGAGGCAGGUCUGGGCGAUGACCUCCAGACGGAGCCCCACAGCAUGUUCUCCAACGAGCCGCUCUACCAGAUGUACAGUGCCGCCAAGCUGGAGUCAAUCACUCGCGAUCUGGAGGCGCACGAGAGCUCUGCGGAUGGCUAUGAGGAGAUCGGUAUGCAUGCUCUGCGCAGCCCAAAGCCCCAGCCCGAGCCCAUCCACGCCGAACAGUUGCCCCCCAAGCAGCGGCCAUCUGCUCUGCAGCUGGUGGGGCCAAAGAACGGACCAUCCCGCACCCUAUGGAGCGAAAUCCCCGAGGUUAUACACUCCGGAAUACUGCCCACACUGAAGAGCCGGGAACGCAGCCUGCAGGAGGCCAAGUUCGAGAUCGUUACCUCGGAGGCCAGUUAUCUGAAGUCGCUGAGUCUGCUGCGGCGCCACUUCAUGAACAACAGCGCCUUUGUGGACAGCUCGGUGCUGAGUCCGCGGGACCGCAAGGCGCUCUUCUCCUACAUUGUGCCCGUCCACGAGUGCUCGGAGCGGCUGCUGACGGAGCUGGAGUGCUGCUGGCAGGACAACAUCAUGCUGCACGGCCUCAGUCGCUGCAUCUACGAGAUUGCCGAGCGGCACUUCCACGUGUACAUUGCCUUCUGUGAGCAUCAGGGCAGGAUGGACAGGACGCUGCGGCGGCUGAAGGAGGCCAAGAACGGCGUCUUCCAGCAGCAUCUGGAGAAGCUUGAGGCCAGUCCCAGCUGCUGUGGCCUGAAUCUGCACUCGUUCCUCAUGCUGCCGAUGCAGCGGAUCACACGCCUGCCGCUGCUCAUCGAUGCGGUCUUCAGCAAGGAGUCGCCCCACAAUCAGGACGAGUACGAGAGCUGGAAGCGCACGCUGGCCCUCGUCCAGAAGGUGGUGGCGCAGUGCAACGAGGCGGCCAAUCGCUGGGAGCAAGCGUACGAGCUGGAACGCAUCUCCAAGCAGCUGGAGUUCCCCUCGCACAUCCGAGCCCUGGCCAUUGCGCCCGUGGGCGUACCCAAGCAGGGGGCCAAGCCUCGCUUUCUGGUCAAGCGGGGGGAGCUCACCCAUCUGGCGUGGCGGGGCGACGAUGCCAAGCUGACGUUCGGCAAGCGGUUCACCAAGUCCAACAUCUAUGCCUUCCUCUUCUCCGAUCUCCUGGUGCUCUGCAAGCGCCGCGGCGAGUCCAGCUUCAGUGUGUUCGACUAUUGUCCGAGGAGCAUGUUGACCAUUGCCUCGGGCGACACGCUGCCGCAGCUGCCAACCAAAGAUAUCAAGGACCAGGCCGGCAAGAACCUCAUCCUGAUGACACUCCUCGAGAACUGCGACCGCAAGACAGUGGAGCUGGUGCUCUCCUGCCCCUCGGUGUCGGACCAGCAACGGUGGCUGCAGGCCAUGCGACCACCAGAGGCGGAAACGCCCGGCGAGAAGCUCUACGAGUCGUGGGACUGUCCGCAGGUCGUGGCCAAGCAUAGCUACGAGUCCGACGAGCCGGAUGUCCUCAAUCUAGAGCUGGGCGACGUUGUCAACGUAUCACGCAAGCUGCCAGAUGGCUGGUACCAGGGCGAGCGCAUCCGCGACGGUGCAGUCGGCUGGUUCCCAGGCAGCUACACGGACGAGCUGAAUUCGGCCCAUGUUCGUUCCCGCAAUCUGAAGCAGCGCCACCGCCUCCUCACCUUCACGGCCACCUAUCUGGAGGCGCAGAAGGGCAAGUGAAGGACUGUCACUGUCACUGUCAAUGUCUCCUCCUCGUUCGCUAUCGUGGCCAUCUCCAACCGCCUGCCACCCCAGUGGCAAGUGGUCGAGUAUUAUUGUAUGUAGUGCUUGCAGCAAGCAAUCCACAUGCACUGCACACAUUGUAGUCCGCAACAAUCUUAACGUGAAUUACCAUAUACAUGAAUAACCCCGAUAGGAAAUGUGAUAAAUUAAUUUAGAUCGAGAAAUGUUACAACAGAAUAGUAGAGCUACAGAUAUAUGUAGAUAGUUCCCCCUCCCCCAUAUUCGAUAAGCAAUAGCAACUAAUUAUAUUUAUGGAUACCACUGCAAGGGGAUAUUUAUGCGUAUUCUCCGUAAUUAAAUCAAAUACGAAACAAA